AUGCCUAGCAUGAUGGAAUCCUUCGUUCAACGUUUCAAUAUAUUAGAAGCGCAAAGAGAAACAGGCAAUGAAUUAAUUAAGGACCUUCUGAUAUAUAUUGAAACGGUCGAAAAUAAUCUGCGACACGAAAACGAUCGUCUUACAAAAGAAUUGAAUGAUGCCCAUCUGGAUUUGGAUGAUUCGAGAAAGUCUCGACGAGAAUUGCAAAUACAUUGGAAUUUGACCACUCAACACUUAGAACGAGCUAUCACGGAGAAUGGCAUUCUGCAGAAUCGAAAUCCAUACAUAAUGGCUGUAGUUGAUGCCGAUGGCAUGAUUUUCAACCAGGAACUUAUAAAUCAAGGGCUCGAAGGAGGCAAAAAAGCAGCCAAUCUUCUCAGAGCUUCAAUACUCGAACAAUGUAGUGGGCCUCAAACUGAGGAGAUUGAAAUUAUGGCCAAGGUCUGCGCGAACUACUCGGGAUUAUCAAAAGCCUUGAUGAGAGAUGGAACACUCGAAAGUCUCGAAAAUUUCAAAUAUUUCACUUUAGGAUUUACCCAAGGAAAAGCACACUUCGAUUUUAUAGAUGUUGGCCAUGGGAAAGAGCGGGCCGAUUCAAAGAUUAAAGGUUCAUGGCAUUUAAGAAAUUGGAAUUGCAAACAACUCUUACUUGGUAUAUCAUUUGAUAGCGGGUACGCACCAUUUCUCGAGGAAGUAAUUACGCAAGACGAUCGAAAUAGAAUUACAAUAAUGGAAGGGCCACCAAUAGUCCGAGAGCUUUCAGCUAUUGGCCUUCGUACUCUCAAAUUCGAACAUAUAUUCCGCUCCGAAAAAUUGAUAGAUCGGGCAACAGAACCUAGCCCUACCUCUGUUCCAUCAACCUGGGCUGGUGUCACCUCAAUACCCCCACCUACGCCACCAACUGCCGUGGCAUCUCCCGCUUUGGGUAAAAUAGCUUCAACGGCGACCAAGAAACCAGAUGUUACAAGUAAUGUUUUCGCUAGAUUGGGCUGGAAUCCCGAGCCUCGAGGACUUGACCCUCCAAUACAUGUCAAAAAGGAAGUAUUGGAAGCGGUAAAACAAAGAAAAAACUCGAAUAAAUUAUGCAAUAAUCAUUAUCUACGAGGACCUUGCUCUAAAGGCGAUGAAUGUUGCUUUGAACAUGAUCAUAAAGCUACGGAAGAGGAAAUCAAAGCUAUUGCUUAUUUAACACGCCAAAAUCCUUGUGUCAAUGGUCAAGAUUGCGACAAUGAAGAAUGUAUUUAUGGGCAUCAUUGCCCGAGUGUGGUCAUUCCAAGUAUUGGAUCUAAGGAACCUACUUGUAUGGCAUUUGCUUGCAAAUUCUAUAAGGAAGAUCAUCCUCCAGGAACAAUAAUCAAACACCCUAAAAAAGAGUACGUCGAACGAUAUUAG